AUUGCGGGAGAUUCUGUCUCGUACUUGAAGUUUUGCCACUCUUCUCCCUCUCUCUGCCACUCCGUCAGCACAGCUCUCUCUCUCUCUCUCUCUCUGUGUCGGGCGCCGGGCCUUCUUCACCAUCAGCGAGAGAGAAAUGGGAGACCAGAAGAAGCCCAAACCAGCCGGCGCGUGGUCCGCCGUCAAGCCUUUCGUCAACGGAGGCGCCUCCGGCAUGCUCGCCACCUGCGUCGUCCAACCCAUCGACAUGGUCAAGGUGAGGAUACAGUUGGGUCAGGGAUCAGCUACUCAGGUGACCAAAAACAUGCUUAAGGAGGAGGGUCUUGGUGCUUUCUAUAAGGGACUGUCCGCAGGGCUGCUCAGGCAAGCAACAUACACCACAGCUCGACUUGGAUCAUUCAAAAUUUUGACGGCCAAAGCAAUUGAAGCCAAUGACGGGAAGCCCCUACCCCUAUAUCAGAAGGCCUUGUGUGGGUUAACGGCUGGUGCUAUUGGAGCUUGUGUUGGCAACCCUGCAGAUUUAGCUCUUAUCCGCAUGCAAGCUGAUGCAACUUUGCCACCUGCUCAGCGCCGAAAUUACAAAAACGCUUUCCAUGCCCUCUACAGAAUAAUUGCUGACGAGGGAGUCCUGGCACUCUGGAAAGGUGCUGGCCCCACUGUUGUAAGAGCAAUGGCAUUGAACAUGGGAAUGCUUGCGUCUUAUGACCAAAGUGUUGAGCUUUUCAGGGAUUCUCUUGGUUUCGGCGAAGCUGCAACUGUGUUAGGGGCGAGUACUGUUUCAGGGUUCUUUGCCUCAGCUUGUAGUUUACCUUUCGAUUAUGUAAAAACUCAAAUUCAGAAAAUGCAACCUGAUGCUGAAGGGAAGUAUCCAUACACUGGCUCUCUCGAUUGCGCUCUGAAAACCCUGAAAUCGGGUGGACUACUGAAAUUUUACACUGGAUUUCCCAUUUACUGUGUCAGAAUUGCACCUCAUGUCAUGAUGACAUGGAUAUUCCUAAAUCAGAUUCAAAAGCUGGAAAAGAAGGUAGGGCUGUAGCCUGUAGCAGUGUUGUCUGGGGGAGUGGGGAUGGAAUUUUUGAUGGAUUUCAUACAUGGAGGAUCAUGUCAACCGGCUUGUUCUGAAACAUUUGCAGCGCGACCCGAGUUUUGGUCGUUUAUUCUCUUUCAUAUUGAUCAUACUAGUAAUCUUAGGGUGCGAUAGAAACAGGAGGAACUUGAUUUUGUAAUAGCGAUGUCGAGAUAUUUAAGAAGUUGCGGAAGGAUUGUCAAAGGCAAAUAAUACGUGUACUCUCUGUUUCGGCUGGAAUGUGGAAUUGGCUUUCCUUC